AUGUCAAGUCAACUUGGUCGUAUUUUCCGAGCGGUGUCUACACCACAGAUGAGAAGAUGGUGGCUCACGAAAUCCCACAACCAUUUUCAAUUACGACGAAAGUGGCUUUUGAGAGAACAGUUUAAUACAACAGCGAACAUCGUAAGCAAAGAACCGAUACAUGUGAGGUUGCUAAUAUUAAAUGAACGAUAUAAAUUAUUAAAUUGUCGUGAAAACCAUGGGAUAACUUUAGCACGCCAAUUUCAUUUGAGCAAACCUCGGAGAGCCACGCCCAUCUUGCCCCUGAUUGGUGCAUUUUUGGCAAGGUUUUCUGGACCCAUAGCACAAGUACUAAAACUAAUGGCAGUCAUAAUUGGAAGAGUUUUUCGUAAGUGGUGGAAAAAGCUUCCAAACCAUAAGAGAAAAGACUUUAAAAAUUUCCUAAUGUCAAGAAAAGAGGUUAUUGGUGGAGCAGUUGGUGUACUAGUUAGUGGUUGGUUAUUUUUGUACUAUAUACAUCUUGAAGAGACACCUUAUACAAAAAGAAUGCGAUAUGUUGGUGUUUCACCUAAACAGCUUCGAGAGAUUGUUGAAAGUCAAUGGAGGAAACUUCUAGAACAAUAUGCAGAUAAUAUCUUGCCAGUGAAUCACCCAGAUCACAAGCGUGUAUUUCUUAUUGCUAAGAAGUUGCUUAUGGCAAACAUGGAUGUAAUUAGCCAUCAUUUGAAAUGGGAAAUAAAUGUUGUUGAAUCAGAUGAGAUCAAUGCCUUCGUUCUACCAAAUGGGCAAAUUUUUGUUUUCAGCGGAUUAUUAAAAUUCCUCCCAGAUGAUGAUGCCCUUUCAAUUGUCCUCGGCCAUGAAAUUGCUCAUGCAAUUCUGCAACAUUCGGCAGAACAAUUAUGUUUUAAUGGAUUUGUGAAUUUGGUAAAGGUGAUCUUGUUGGCAACAAUUUGGGCUCUGAUUCCCAGUGAUUUUCUAGCGUUUUUAACGCAAUUUAUUCAAAACACGAUACUAGGGCUACUCGUGCAUUUGCCUUACUCGCGAAGCCUUGAAGAAGAAGCGGACAAAGUCGGUCUUUACUUGACGGCAAAGGCAUGCUUUGAUGUACGAAAGGGACCAAAAGUUUGGAAAAAAUUCAACGAUCAAGAAAAACUUCAAGAUAUCACCAAUGUUGAAUGGUUAUCUACUCAUCCUUCCCACGCGAGCCGAGAAAGGAAUCUAGAAACUAUUGUACCAGAGGCAUUGGCGUUACGGAAACUUUGUAAAUGUCCAGAUUUAGCAGGUUAUGCACCAUUUGGAACCGUAACACCUUUAACUUUGUCGAACUAAUCCGGAAUGCACCAUCGUUCUUAUGGAAAAAGAACUCCUCUGACAAUCUACCCAAUUUCCGUGCAUGACCAUUGACGUUAUGAUUUCGUCAUAACGAUGAUCGUGGGUGAGAAAUUACCAGAAUGAUUAUGGCGUAAAAAAACGUUUUUGAAAUACGAACGAGAAGAUGAUGUCCAGAAAAUUAAGAACGUUUGCAAUUGGUCAUAAAUUUAUUUUUCCUAAAAUCUUGACUCAACAAUUCUAUGAAGUCAUCUGUUAAAUUCGCUUGUACGAAAAUGAGCUGGAAAAACUGCCUGAUUUGUAUCUGGUGUAUUCAUUAUUGUUAUGACAUAAAAAAUAGUCUCGAAGGAAUUCGUAAUUUGUUUGUUUACAUUGAUUAAUUACAGUGUUUUAACUAAUAAUCAAUUAAACAAUAAAGAGCUGAAAUUUUGAUAGUUUCAACCCUAA